UCCCAGGCUGCCCGGCAGCUUCGCCUGUUCCAAGUGAGAAAGAAGUGGCUCUUCCCGGCCUUCAGUGUCGUCCUCUUCCUGCUGGCCGUGGUCAUGACCGGCUGCUUCCUGUGGCAGUAUCACCUCCCCAAGCUGCCAGCCGGUUCCCCAGCACCAGAGGCGACAGCUGCCCCCGUGAGGAUGUGUCCCCAGCAUCCUGAGCCCGUGCCCCUGGCCCACCCCCUUCCUGUGCUCAAGGAGGCCCUGGAAAAGGUGGACAGGGUCCUGCGCCGGGCAAUGGCGGCCCCAGGCCUGGCGGCCAUGUCUGCAGUUGUCGUGCACAACGACACCGUGCUCUGGACUGGGAACUUCGGGAAGAAGAACGGCUCAGACCCCGCUUCUGGGACCCCCAACGAGUACACCAUGUACCGGAUCUCCAGCGUCUCCAAGAUCUUCCCGGUUCUCAUGCUGUACCGCCUGUGGGAGCAGGGCACCGUGGCCUCCCUGGAUGACCCCCUGGAGCGCUACGCCAGCACCUUCACCAUCAACAACCCGCUGGGCGUGGCAGCAGCCCCCGGGCGGCUGGAGGAGGUGGGCCCGGCCCAACGGCCUUCGCAGGUCACCCUCCGAAGGAUGGCCAGCCAGCUCUCAGGACUGCCCAGAAGGCUGCGCUCCACCUCACUGCUGUGGAAGGGCAGCACCCAGGAGGCCCUGAAGCUGCUCAAAGAUGACGUGCUGGUGGCUGACCCCGGAACCAGGUGCCAUUACAGCACACUGGCCUUCUCGCUCCUGGCGCACGUCCUGGCGGCCCACACCCCACAAGGGGACUACCAGCGCUGGGUCUCAGACAACGUGCUGGAGCCGCUGGGGAUGGUGGACACGGGCUUCGACCUCACGGCCCUCGUGCGCGCCCGCCUGGCCGCCGGCUUCUACGGCAGCGGGCGGCCGGCGCCGCUCUACGACCUGGGCUGGUACCGCCCGUCGGGGCAGAUGUACUCCACCCCCGCCGACCUGGCCAAGCUGGCCACGGCGCUCCUGGGCGGCGGGCCCCAGCGGCUCCUGCGGCCCGACGCGGCCAAGACGCUGCUGGCGCCGCUGCUGGCGUGCCCGGGCGCCUACUUCGCCAACGAGACGGGCACGCCGUGGGAGUUCCACGCGCAGCGGGGCUACCGCGUGGUGCGCAAGGACGGCGACCUGGACGGCUACGCCGCCACCUUCUCGCUGGUGCCCCCGCUGCGCCUGGGCCUCGUGCUGCUGCUGGCCGGGCCGCGGCCUCCGGGGCCCGACCUGGUGGCGCAGGCCUACGACGCGCUGCUGCCCGCCAUGGAGACGGCGCUGCGGCAGGCCGAACCGCCCCCGGCGCCGCCGCCCAGCGCGCGCCCCUUCGCCGGCUUCUUCACCUUCGCCAACCUGACCUUCUACGAGGUGCACGCGGGGCCAGCGGGCGAGCUGCGCCUGCGCCAGUUCGGGGCGCGCGUGGAGGCGCUGGUGCCGCCCGCCUUCCGCACGCUGGCGCUGCGCCACGUGCGCGGCCGUGUCUUCCAGCUGCACGUGGCCCGCGAGUUCCCGUGUGCGGUGCCGCUCGGCGACACCUGGCUCUCGCUGGAGGCCCAGCACGGGCAGCUGGUCAACUUCUACCCCCUGGAUGGGCACGGGCUGUCCCCGGGCUUCGAUGUGCCGGGCCUCAACACGUACCGGGUGCUGCGGCUGCAGCGGAAGCCCGGCUUUGGGGCGCAGUGA